GUUCUGUUAUCACAAUCACAUAAACAUAACAUAACAUACUUCAUUUUCUGUUCAAACUUGCAAGCUAUAUACUUUCAUCAACAAACAUGCUUUGACCCAAUUCCUUCUAUUUCUCAGAUCUUCCCUUUCUCUUCACUUCUAGAUUGUUCUGUCUCAUUGGAGCUGUAAAUCAGACAUGCAACUUCUCUAGAAGAGUUUUGAAUUUUGUUGCUGAUUCAAUUUGGAGGAUGGGAAGAAAGUGAAUAGCUUUCUUAGAAUGGAUCGGAGGGAAGGAGUGAAUGAUGGUUUUCCUAGACUUGGACCAAGUGAUUCGCUUCUCCCUGGUUUGAUCGAUGAUGUUGCGCUGAAUUGUCUCGCUUGUGUUAGUAGAUCCGAUUACUCGUCCCUGUCGUGUAUUAAUAAAAGGUAUAGAAAGUUGAUCGAUAGUGGUUAUCUAUAUGGGUUGAGGAAAGAGUUGGGAGUUGUUGAACAUUUGGUUUAUUUGGUUUGUGACCCAAGAGGAUGGGUUGCAUUUGAUACCAAGAUAAGUAGAUGGAUGACAUUGCCUAAGAUACCGUGCGAUGAGUGUUUCAACCAUGCGGACAAAGAGUCCUUAGCUGUAGGUUGUGAGCUGUUGGUUUUCGGUAGAGAAUUGAUGGAGUUUGCCAUUUGGAAGUAUAGUUUGAUUUGCCGUGGUUGGGUUAAGUGUCAAGAGAUGAACCAACCUCGCUGUUUAUUUGGAUCAAGUAGUUUUGGUUCGAUUGCCAUUGUAGCCGGCGGAAGUGACAAAUAUGGAAAUGUUCUUAAGUCUGCUGAGUUGUAUGACUCUUCAACAUGUACGUGGGGAAUUUUACCGAACAUGCAUACACCGCGUAGAUUGUGCUCAAGUUUUUUUAUGGAUGGCAAAUUCUACGUGAUUGGUGGCAUGUCAAGCAUAACUGUUUCAUUAACUUGUGGAGAAGAAUAUGAUCUUCAAACAAGAAGUUGGAGAAAAAUAGAGGGCAUGUACCCAUAUGUUAAUGUGGGUGCUCAAGCACCUCCACUUGUGGCGGUUGUGAAUAAUCAGUUGUACGCGGUUGAACAUCUAACUAAUAUGGUGAAAAAAUACAACAAGGAAAAGAACACAUGGCAUGAAUUGGGAAGGCUUCCGGUUCGUGCUGAUUCUUCUAAUGGUUGGGGCCUUGCUUUCAAGGCUUGCGGAGAUAAACUUUUGGUUGUAGGUGGACAAAGGGGUCCAGAAGGUGAAGCUAUAGUGCUGAAUUCAUGGUGUCCCGGGUCUGGAGUUAGGAAUGGCGUCAUAGAUUGGAAGGUACUCGGCAUAAAAGAGCAUGUCGGGGUGUUCGUGUAUAAUUGUGCUGUUAUGGGCUGUUGACAAAUUUGAGAUAAUUUUACAUUAACUCAACAGAAGAAGCCGGUAUUCACACUCUGACUUCGCCUUGAAGGUUGCUUCCAUGUUCUACCAUUGCUUCAUUUACCGAGUUAAUUGUUGUUUGGGAUAGCUUUCACUAGCUGAAAAUUUAGUUUCAUCUUUUUAACAUUGUUUAUUUGAAUGUAUUUCUCACUUUCAUGUUCCAUAAUUUUAAAUUUCUUUUGAGAUUACCGAGUAGUCUUACACAGAAAUGUUAUGUUUUAUUUUUCUUACUCAACUAUGUAAACCAAUAAAUCUAGAAGUUUUCAUUGUUUAA